GUGCGAUUAUAUUCUACAUGGGAAGAAACUGGCGACAGGCCUUUAAGUAACUCUGCUUCUAUCGAAACCACCAAUUGACCUAUUUGCGCGUUAGUACUUGCGACCGCACGUUUCAAUCAAGGCGCACGAGCACACUUACCGACGCAGUCACUCCCUCUCCGACGCCUUUGAUGCUAUGCCACCAUCCUUUCGGAAUGAAUAAGCCAUCGCCAGCCUCCAAAUGCGCCUCAUAGCCUGAUCCUUCCGUGUCUGCGGAGGCCGAGUCACCCCAUACCCGUUCAUCGAGCAAAGCUCGUUCUUGACCCUGCAUCAUCUCUUCUCCGCGUAUGGCAGCCGCACCCUUGCCUCCAUCCUUGCCUAGCUGUCUUCGUACAGAGGAGAAAAGCGCCUGUCCCUCCAAGGGCGCUAAUAAUCGCACAACCUUCUGUCCAGCCAGCUGGACGAAGAGGUUCGGGUUCGGAUCGCGAUGGAGCGGGGUGUAAGUAGGAGGGUGUCCAAUCCAUACAUUUGUAUCGUAAAUAUCACCCUUGCCGGCCUUUGAAACAAUAUCUGGUGUUGGAAAAUCGUCGCGAAGGACGUGAGGCAGGUCAAGCAGCUGGCAUUGUGCGAGAUAGAGUCGCGUUGACUGCGGAGAUGUCUCGGCCGUGCGCAUCCAUUCAAGGAACAGCGUGAGCGGUGCGUGGAACUGUCGGAAGCUUACAACGUCCGACGCACUAGCUUGCUGUGACAGAUCGCCAAUUCUAUUGCCACAUGAGCUGGAAACCCCCAGCUCUGUAAGCUCCAGCGGGACGAACGCGUCGGCGGCAUGCUUUUCGAGGUAUUCCAGGUUCAAUCGAGUUUCAGGCCCACUGGUCGCGCCCGAUCGAGAAUUGGUGCUUUCAAACCAAUUCUUCACCGCAGGCAGGUCACGAAAUUGAGAGCGUGGUAGGACAACGGGGUGCUCGGGGGCAAAAUAUUGUUGUCGGAAUGUGUCGACGUCGACAUGUUGAAGCGCUUCGAGGGUGCGGUACGGACGAACUAACGAGACCGAGAAGCUGCGCGAGCCAUGAGCUGGCCGUAGGAGGUUAGGAGGGAACGGGCGCGAGAGUCUUCUCAAGGCCCAAUUGCUGUGUGUCCAUGGUUGAAGCUUCAUCCAGGCAAGUUGAAGAUUGUGGAGAAAGGAUGCAAGGUGGAAGAAGGUUUUCAGCACCCAAGAUUCGGUGGAGGUUCCACAUCUCCCGGAUUUAGUCUGCCACGAUCAUCGGGUCACCGUAGUCAAGUGGCUCCAGUGACCUUCGAAACGAGUUCGAAGCGCUUUACAGAACCAGGAUAGCAACCCAAAGGGUUCAAGAUCAGCCAUGGUUAAUAUGAAUGAUUAUUGUCUGCAAUGUAAUGCACAAUCAACCUUGUUCUCCAUGUCGACCGUGUCACGAUAACAAUACACGCUGGGAACCGAGGUUGCCCAGCUUCCCCUCAUUUGAAAGACCGGAGCUAAAACCACCGGUCUCCCCGUGGAACUUGCUCUUUGUGAGCCUGUCCAUGAACCAUCGUUCGUUGGAGUGAGAGAGAUCAUUUCCUCUCUCGUCUGAGCGCAAUCUAGCCCGGUUUUCUUCACAGGCCGGCUUUCAUUUCAUCUCGGCGCUACCAUCUUGUGUACCACAACUACUAUCCCCAGCCAUCUGAUAUUGGUGUCCUCUUGGGACAUCAGUUCUUCUUUUACCAAACUCGUUGCAUCAUCGCCCAAGAUGCCUUCGGUCUCUAGUAUCCACAAACGCCAUGUCUACGGCAAAGAUGCUCAUACCUACUACCCCGUGCUCAUCAUCGGCGCCGGCGAGUCCGGCGUUGCGAUGGGCUGCCGUCUCAAGGAAGUCCUAGGAACGGACCAAUUUCGAAUCUUUGAGCGACAGUCUGGGAUCGGUGGAACAUGGUGGAUUAACCGGUACCCUGGCGCGGCCUGUGAUAUCCCCGCUUUAUUCUAUUCCUUUUCAUUUGCACCCAAGAAAGACUGGUCGACUCUGCAUCCCUCGGGACCUGAGAUUGCACAAUAUCUCGCCGAUGUCUGCGAGAAGUAUCAGAUUGUCGACAAAAUUCAGUUCCACACUGAUGUCAGCGAGCUUCGCUGGAUAGAAGAGGAUGAGGAAUGGGAGGUUUCCCUUUCCCAUCUGGUCCCAGGAACGGGCGAUCUCUCCUCAUAUGAGCGAGAGCAGCUUGCGAACGACAAGGGCAUGCAUAGCGUCUAUGUCAAAAAUGAGAUUGUCCGAGCCAAGGUCGUCGUGAGUGGUGUGGGUGGACUAGUCGAGCCAAAGACAUGGCCCAAGGCUAUCCCCGGCAUCGAAGAUUUUGAAGGGGAGAUCAUGCAUACGGCUCGAUGGGACAGUGAUAUUGACCUGCAAGACAAGAAUGUGAUCAUGUUCGGCUCCGGCUGCAGUGCCGCCCAAGUCGUCCCCGAGCUGAUCAAGCCAGAGGCCAACGUGCGCUCCAUCACCCAGCUAAUGCGUACGCCUCCCUGGGUGCAGCCAGAUCUCUUGCCGCCCCAUCUCCUUGUUCACUGGGAUAAAUGGAUGCCCGUGUUGACGACAUACGUGCCGGGACUGGCACGUUUCCUCCGCAAUAACCUCUUCUGGAUGUUAGAACAUAAUUUCUUCGCCAUGUUCACUGACACGGCCUACGGACGCAUGAUGCGGCCAAAGCUGGAAAAGGCAUUCCUGGAUCACAUGCGCGAAGUGGCACCGAAGGAAUAUCAUGAAAUGCUGACUCCAAACUACAGCCUCGGAUGCAAGCGUCGUAUUAUUGAUGGUACAUGGUACCGCAGCCUGCACUCACCAAAGGUCACGCUGACGACACAACCACUGACUCGUGUUCAUGCGAGAAGCGUGACAAUCGGACCGGGCCAUUAUUAUCCUCCAGGCAAUGACUCCGAUGACGAAGCUCGAGAGAUUCCGGCCGAUGUGAUUCUGCUUGGCAACGGCUUCGAGACCAAUCAGUGGUUGCACCCCUUGAAGGUCAUCGGCAGGGGCAAGAAGAACAUGGAGGAUCUUUGGGCGGCGCGAGGAGGUGCCCAGGCUUAUCAGGGCAUCGCAAUGGACCACUUCCCGAACUUCUUCAUGCUGUUCGGUCCAAACACGGCCACCGGUCAUACAAGCGUUAUCUUUGCAACUGAGAACGCGGUCAACUACUCCCUGAAAUUCAUCAAGCCAAUUUUGAACGGCCAGGUCCGCUCAUACGAAGUCAAGGAAGAGGCCGAGCUGGCGUGGACCAAGAACGUGCAGGAACAACUGCAGAAGACGGUCUUCCGUCGAGGCGAUUGCUCCAGUUGGUAUAUCACCGCCGAUGGAUGGAACUCUUCAACCUACCCAUACUCCCAAAUUCACUACUGGUACCGAUGCACGUUCCCUAUCUGGAGCGAUUGGACAGCAAAAUGGACUCGAAAGGGUGCGAUUCUACGGGGAGUCCGCAAGACUUUACGCAUCUCAUUCAUCUUCAGUGUGAUGGCAGGAUUGGCGUGGCUACAGAAGAACCCCGACCGGCGCGGUAAGUUGCUGCUAGCCUUGUUGGCAGGGAAGGACUGGCUUCUUUCCAAGUCGCGCGGUUUGUAUUAAGUGAGAUCUACUACGCUGGGCGCUUUCUGUGAAAUAAUUUAUUCUCUGGACAUGGUCGGAAACAUAUCAGCUUUGGGCUCUAUGUAGCCAAAUCUAUCAAAUCCGGAAAAUAACUUUGCCUCACCAGCCGUAGAAGUUAGCGUAAGUGGCUGACAGGAUAGGCUGCAUACACGUAAUGCAGGGUAGAUCAACUAUGUCGAAUUUACAUGCCCUCUU